GUGUGUUUGUGAGUGAGGGAGUAUAUGUAUGUGCGUGAGAGAGAGAAAGAGGGAGAGGGAGAGAGCGCGCGCACAGUCCGGGUUUGUUCAAAGGCGCCGGUCCCCGAGAACGUAAGGAUCGCGGUGCACAGCAGCAGCAUGGCAUCGUCUCAUAGCAGAAGCGACCAUCGGUUCGCAGACUGGAUGUCAAGUUUACCGCAGAGCAUGCACACGAUCCCGCUCACCAACCUGGCCAUCCCCGGUUCCCAUGAUUCCUUCAGCUUCUACAUCGACGAGGCGUCUCCGGUUGGCCCAGAGCAGCCGGAGACCGUGCAGAACUUUGUUUCUGUUUUCGGCACAGUGGCUAAGAAGCUAAUGAGGAAGUGGUUAGCUACACAGACCAUGAACUUCAACAGCCAACUGGAGGCCGGGAUCCGCUUCUUUGACCUGCGCAUCUCCACCAAGCCCCGCGACCCCGAAAAUGAGCUGUUCUUCGCCCACGGGCUCUUCAGUGCCACAGUAAGAGAAGGCCUUGAGCAGAUCAGUACUUUCCUGUCGUCUCAUGCCAGAGAGGUGGUGUUCCUGGACUUCAACCACUUCUACGGUGUGCAAAACAUGCACCAUGAAAAAUUGGUGGCCAUGUUGAAAGACGUGUUUGGGGAGAAGCUCUGCCCGGUCGUCUUCGCUCAGGAGGUGACUCUGCAGUAUCUGUGGGAGAAGGAGUAUCAGGUGUUGGUCUUUUAUCACCACCCCAUGGCUCUGGAGGUGCCCUUCCUUUGGCCUGGUCAGAUGAUGCCUGCUCCCUGGGCCAACACCACUGACACAGAGAAGCUGAUUCAGUUUCUCCAAGCUUCUGUCACUGACCGCAGGAGAAAGGGAACAUUCUUUGUGUCUCAAGUGGUUCUGACUCCCAAAGCCAGCACUGUCAUGAAAGGUGUGGCCAGUGGACUGAGGGAGACCAUAACGGAGAGGGCGUUACCAGGCAUGAUGCAUUGGAUCAGAUCACAGCGACCCGGAGAGAACGGCAUCAACAUCAUCACAGCUGACUUUGUGGAGCUGGGAGAAUUCAUCAGUGCCGUCAUCACGCUCAACUAUCACAUGGAUGAAGAAGAUGACGAUGAUGCCACCUGAGGGCCUACAGGGGGCGGCGGAGAGCAUGGCCACCAUCCCUGUUGCCAGUGGCUGGAUCGGUUUUCUCUCUUUUUUGUUGGCAUUUGUUUCAGAAGGGUGGGGCCUUUUCCGCUCCUUUCACUUUCUUUAGGGCUAUUGAGAGGUCAGAUGAAAACAGGAGCUCUGGUGUUUGGGUUGGAGUGAUAAGAGAACGAGAUUCUGCUUGGUUUUAAUUUGACAGGGAUCAGUUUUUAUUUCCUGUGCUGUAAAAAAAAAAAAAUGCUUUUCCCGCUGAUCUAAUGCACUGCUCUCAGAUUUACCGCUUCGUCAAACGUAGAUUUUUCUGAUCAUAUCAACUUUCUGCUACAACGUUUGGUACAGCGUUCUUGAUAUUCUUGUGACAGUCAUUUGUAGGUCGCUGUAAGUUGUUUGUCUUUUUGGAAAAAUCUGUCAGUCGAGAUAAUUUCUCUCAUCACAUUACCGCAAAUGCUCAUUUAUUUAAAAGGAUACAUAAAAAAUGAAUUAUUAGUAACAAAAAAUGUUAGCAAAUAAAAGCAUUAGCCGUUCCAAAAUAAUGAAGCACAUUUAAUGGCAGUCGACUGAUUUGUAAUAACACACGAGCAAACUAUUAUCCAGCCAUCUGAUUGGGCAUGAGUGGUGCAGUGGUAGGACCCCUGCCUGACAUCAGGCAAGGUUUAGGGUAUGAUACUGUAACACCUGUAGUACCCAAACAUUAGGGGAAGGGAGUCAUUGUAAAAAAAAAUAAAAAAAAAAACAUGCUAAACUGUGUUGAAGACCUUGACUUCAUAAUUCAUUCAUUUAUAUCUCCCUCUAACUUCAACCCCCGAACAGUAUCCUUGUUGGUUUUUUAAUAUCAAAACUGGACAUUGAAGAAUUGCUCAAAAGCAGCAACAAUGAAUAAAAAUCCCAGACAUGAUGAAGUGUCACACAUCACAGUAUUGGAGUAAAAAUGUGACAAAUGCACCAGAGUUCGUGAUGGGUUUUAACAACAGAACAGAAACGCGGUGUAGGUUGGUACAAGACUGUGUCUGCUGUAUCUGAAUGCUUCGCUUCUAAUGUUUGCCCCAGUGGCUUGUCUGUACUUACAGCCGUAGUACAGUGUACUCAAGUCAUCAACAGUUGCUCAGCUCUUUCAUUCUUUCUGUCCAAAAUAUUAAAACAUAUAGAAAUUCAGAGCCUGUAGAUCUAGAUGUGACUCUGGUAACUAGGUACUGUUGAAAAUGUAACAGUAUGUGUCUAUUGAAAGUCCAGUGUUGACUUUUCCGUCUCUACUCUGGUAGAUUUGUAUGUUCCUGUUUCUCUUUAGUGCACUACUUUUUCAUAUAUUAAAUGCAUUUUGUUUUUGUAAACCCUCCUCCUCCUCAAGAUGCAACAGAAUAGUGGAAGUGAAAAUGAGAGAGAAAAUGUUUUUUUUUUUUUUUUUUAAUUUGUCGUUGUGAGAUUUAACACAUUAUACAUGAGUCAAUCAUGGACACACACCUCAUGAUGAGUGUGGAGUUUUCUGCAGAGAAUGUAUUGUGCGAGGACAGUGUUGUCUAAUGUGGUAAUGUAAAAGCCAAAAAUUGAAACGUGGGCUGUUUGGAUUUGUGAAUGUAUUGUGUGUGUGUGUGUCUUGUCAUUACCUGUGCCAUUACAAUUUCUGCUUUCACAAGAUGCCGUUACUAAGAAUCAGCCGGAAAGUCAUGUCGGUGAGAAAAUAUUUGACCAUAAUGUGGAUCCUUGUUAACAUGUUUUAUAUUGUAGUAGAUCUUUUCAUACAUUUCCUCCAGAGAAGUGUUAAUGACAUAAUUUCCUGUGACUCAACGUUCAUAACACAACUUUUGUCAUAUUCCCAGGGAAUUUCACUCUAAUGCCUGGACAGGCCUUGCAGCCUUCACAUGAGAUUUGUAAGACCUGUUUAAGUUUUCUGUUCUUUAUAAUCUCUUAUUCUUCAAAUAUCCCACUCGAACAUGUUUUGCCCUUUAAGGAAACCACCUUCAAAUAUAUCUACAUUUUAAAUGUCCUUCAUCUACUGAAUAAAAACCAAGUUUGAAUCCACACAAUUGGACAGACUGGAAAAUAAAGUCUUGAAGUUG